GGGAGUUACUUCUGUUACUGUAACCAAGGUUAUAACCUGGAUAGUGAUGGCAGGACUUGUAAUAUUAUUGUAACUACAACUGUGAGUGUAAGUACAACCCAGCAGUCUGUAGAAACUACCACAACUCAACAGCCUACAACUACCACUACAACUCAACAGCCUUCAACAACCACUACAACUCAACAGCCUACAACAACCACUACAACUCAACAGCCUACAACAACCACUACAACUCAACAGCCUACAACAACCACUACAACUCAACAGCCUACAACUACCACUACAACUCAACAGCCUACAACAACUCAACAGCCUACAACAACCACUACAACUCAACAGCCUACAACUACCACUACAACUCAACAGCCUACAACAACUCAACAGCCUACAACAACCACUACAACUCAACAGCCUACAACUACCACCACAACUCAACAGCCUACAACAACUCAACAGCCUACAACAACCUCUACAACUCAGCAGCCUACAACUACCACUACUACUCAACAGCCUACAACUACCACUACAACUCAACAGCCUACAACAACCACUACAACUCAACAGCCUACAACAACCACAACAACACAACAGCCUACAACAACAACAACUCAACAGCCUACCACUACCUCUACAACUCAACAACCUACAACAACCACUACAACUCAACAGCCUACGACUACCACUACAACUCAACAGCCUACAACAACCACUACAACUCAACAGCCCACAACAACCACUACAACUCAACAGCCUACAACAACCACUACAACUCAACAGCCUACAACUACCACCACAACUCAACAGCCUACAACUACCACUACAACUCAACAGCCUACAACAACCACUUCAACUCAACAGCCCACAACAACCACAACAACUCAACAGCCUACAACAACCACUACAACUCAACAGCCUACAACUACCACCACAACUCAACAACCUACAACAACCACCACAACUCAACAGCCUACAACUUCCACUUCAACUCAACAGCCUACAACAACCACUACAACUCAACAGCCUACAACAACUACCACAGCAACUCAACAGCCUACAACUACCACUACAACUCAACAGCCUACAACUACCACCACAACUCAACAGCCUACAACUACCACCACAACUCAACAGCCUACAACUACCACCACAACCCAGCAGCCUACAACUACCACCACAACCCAGCAGUCUACAACUACCACUACAACUCAACAGUCUACAACCACAACAAGGAGAUCCACAACUAUGACAGUUUUGACACAAAGUUCCACCCUUACCACCACAACUACAGCGCCAACUUCAACUCAGCCAUACACUGAUACAAUAUUGCUACCUUAUGGAUCAGUGUAUGGUGACUCUUUAGCCAGUACAGGAGAUGAUGCUUUACAAGCAGUUGUGUUUAACCCAAUAGGAUUCAGGUGUGGCUGUUCAAUUAGCAAACAGAUAUAUAUUUAUUCCAAUGGCUACGUAUCUGUUGGUGAGAGAUUCGAUGAUGAGAGACCAGUGCUUCUGUCUGAUACUGCAGGAUCCAUUGUAAACAAUAAAGUCCUGGCCCCUCUCUGGACAGACAUUGACCUGACCAGUGACUCACAUAUCUGGUAUCAGCUCUAUCACAAAUUUGGAGACACAGAUGUUACUAAUGUUCUUACAAGGGCUGGGGAUCUAGUUGUCAGCAAUAUAAAAGAUGCAGAAGAAGUGACUUCAUCAUUUGAUCCUAACUCGGCUCUGAUUGUCACCUGGGAGAAUGUAGUGCCCUCUCCAAGCUCCCUGUAUCCAACAAAGAAUGCCACCUUCCAGUUGGUUGUUGUCAGUGAUGGUGUGGCUACAUAUGCUUCCUUCUUACUCCACUCUGUUAACUGGGACACCACCAAACCAGCAGUGAUGGGGUACCGGUGUGGGGCCACCCUGUCUGAUACCUACACCCACCCCGCCUCCUUCUCCAGGCAGAUCUACCCAACAGUCAUAGAACAGGGAUACAACAGGAACAAUGUGAGUGGGAUGUGGCUCUACAGACUGGACACCUGUCCUCAGUCAGAAGAGAAUUACCGAGCUCAGUGUUACUCCUGGCUGUCAUCAGAUGGGGCGACACAACAGAGUCUGGUGACACAGGCCGACUCGGUCCUCCCCCCGUGUCCCUGUAACACCGUACAGGCUGAUCUGGACUCAGACUUUAUCCAGUCCAGGACCGAGUCCAACUGUUACUUUGUACAGACCUCUCCAGUAAACACCACCUACACUAGGAAAUGCUGUUACUCCUCCCUGGGAUCUCUUCUGUUUUCCUCCCUGGGAGCUGGCUAUGUGUUCCUGUACAACCCCCUGACUCUCCCUACUGAGGCUGUGGACACUGAUGUUAACCCCUACAUCUUGUGCUGUGUGAGGGCCAGGAUGUGUGAGGAAUUCUUCAUCAAACGUCCCUCUGACAACUGUAACAAAUACAGCCCAGUAUCCCCAGCUGCAGCCUCUCCAGUAAUAAGUUACUACCCACUGAGACUAACUGCUACAGUUGGAGAAAUGGUGGACAUCACAGCAAUAGCCCAGGUUUCAGGGAAUGAUUAUGUGAGCCUGAUUUUAUCUGGAUCCAUCAGUGCCAAUGUCACAGAGAGACAAAUAUCAGCCAUUUUGUAUAGAUGGACUCCAAGGAAUACCUCCCCUAAAAGUAUACAGAUCUAUGCUGUGGAUCAGAAUUCCUCUGUAUCGGCCACUGUGACCCCUGACAUCAUUCUUUGUCCAGGCUGUAGUGGGCGGGGCACCUGUCACUUUGAUGAUGUCAUCCCACAGGAACAACCCUCCUUCUUCCUUGUGGACUGUGUCUGUGAAACAGGAUGGACAGGUCCCACCUGUAAUGUGGAUGAGAAUGGCUGUGAUGGUAAUCCAUGUAACACAAGCUCUGACUGCCAGGAUCUGAGCCCGUCUGUCCAGAAGUCCCGAGGACUGACCUAUCAGUGUUCUGCCUGUCCUGGGGGUUACACCCUGUCCAGCUCUCUCAAGUGUGUAGAUAUUGAUGAGUGUACGUUACGUAUCAAUCAGUGCUCUCAGAGGUGUGUGAACACAGAUGGAUCAUUUGUUUGUGCUUGUGAAGCAGGUUAUAGAGUACAUGGUUACCAGUGUUUAGAUGUAGAUGAAUGUAGAGAGGGGACAAGUGGUUGUGAUCAUCAGUGUAUAAACACCCCGGGCUCCUACCACUGUGUCUGUUCUACAGGCUACCAGCUACACACAGACAGACAGACAUGUCUUAAAGCCUCAGUAGAACCUGCUUGUGUUGCUCGACAAUGUCCCCAGGGAUGCAGAAUCAAUAGUAAAGGAGAACCAGAGUGCUUCUGUCAACUUGGUUACAGAACAAAGCCAGACUCAGCAUGUGAAGAUAUCAAUGAGUGUUUAGAUGACCCUUGCCCACACAGCUGUCAGAACACCAAUGGAAGUGUGGAGUGUGGAUGUUACAAUGGAUAUAGGCUUCAGACAGACCACAGGUCAUGUCAAGCUUGUGACCUUGAUCACUGGGGCCCUAACUGUGAGAGGUCAUGUGACUGUACCCAUCAUGCCCUGCACUGUAACAAUGUGAUUGGCUGUGUGUGUAAGCCUGGCUGGUCUGGCAGAUUCUGUGAAGUCAACAUCAAUGAGUGUGAGGACCUGAGCCUGUGUCAGUCACCUGAGGUCUGUACAGACACCUAUGGAGCAUUUACCUGUGGGUGUGAAAAUGGCUACCAGAGGAAUACCAACACAGGACUCUGUGAAUAUUCCAGUGCCUGCAGCUCCUGGGCCCAGUAUGCCUGCCCAAUAGACGAAGUUUGUGUGGACACUACAAACAAUUACAAGUGUGUCUGUGCUGAAGGGUUUAUUAGAGUUAAUAACACUUGUCAAGAUUUGGAUGAAUGUUCUGCAAUGUUACACAAUUGUCAUCAUGAAUGUGUUUUUUAAAAAAUGAAAGCUUCAUGGUGUAGCUGUAAACCUGGG